AUGUGCAGGGCAUUGAUCAGCUUCACCUUCCUGGCAUCGAUUUUGUUCCUUGGGAUUGUCACUUGUUUUUGCGCCUUUGUGGGGGAUUCCGUGCAGAUUGUUGAAGAGGGCUUCACAGGCCUGUCGGACUUUGACCACGGCAAGCGACACUGUGCGCAGGGCUCAUCGAAGGGCACGUGCAAAGGCCCGACUGGAUUGGUUCCUUUUUUCCAGUCUUAUGUACAUGGAGUGAAGCAGCAUGGAGAUGGACAGAAUUUCCAGCAUCAAGUGUAUGCCCAGCAGUGGGGCUAUCAAGAUGGGCGCUAUCAUCAGGGUGGACAGAAGUCACCUCGACGAAGCCAAAGUCCCAGAAAGAAAUCUCCUCGUGGAGGCAAAGGCAAAGAUCAUGGAGGUUUUGGGAACCUCCCUCAGUUCCCGACUUUGCCAUUUCAGCCCCAUGGAUUUCCGCAGGGACCGCCUUUGCCCCCACCAGCUGGUCCACCGCCUCCUUGGCUUCAGGCUGCAACCCCAUGCAAUGCUGUUCAGAUGCCUGUCAUGAAUAUGAUGCCCAUGCAGAAUGCACCUCAACAGACCGCCUGUCAUCCGGCUCCGACCUUUGUGCCGUUAGCGAUGCCUGCUCCUACGUUGUCUCAGAACGCACAGGAGACACCACAAUCGGAGCUGCUCAACUAUCUGCAGAAAAGAUCGGUGGAUUUGCCGCCGGAUGUGCAGCAACGCAUACAAUCCGAAUCCAGAAAGCUGGGCAAAAGGGCCAUCAAAGAUCUACAAGCUGCUGCCAAGUCCUUAGGGGAUGCAAGGACGCAGUACGAGGAAGCCAUCGUGGCCCGUACGCAGCACAUCAGCACAUGGAAGUCUUUCCUGGCCGAAGCAGUGAAAAACUGGACGGAAUAUGCGAAGCAGUUCGAACAGCACGAACAAGCUCUUCAAGCCAGAAUCUCCUCUGCCCGCGAUCAAUUUCAAGAGGCCAAGGAAGUUCUGGAGACAUCGAAGACUUCAGCUGGCAAUGUUGUCACCGAGAUCAGCGACGACGAGGAGCUGCCUGCAUUGUCGGAGGCAUCGACAUCAGCCAUGCAGAUCACCGAGAGUAUGCGGACAUUGUCCAAUUCACUCCAGCAACUCUCCAAAGAGGCAGAGGCAAUUCAAGUGGAAGGUCCAUCGGCCAAGAGGCCAAGAAUCGAAGAAAUUCCAGGAGAAGAAGUUCCAAAGGAGGACUUCCUUGGUGAAUUUGCAGCAAGAGAGGCUGCGCAAAAGCUUUCUUUGGAAAUGGCACUUGAUGGACGUCAUGAGGCAGUCUGGAGUCGCAGUUCCUCUUCUCCUGCGAGGACUUGUUCACGUCAGCGUCUGCAUGUGGGUUUUGCAGAACAUACUGAACUACGUCUUUGCUUUGGAGACGACCAGACCACACAUGACUUUUGUCUGCCAUCCUUUUAUUUCAAUGCGGAGAUGACCACAUGGAGUGGAUGCCCAAAGAUUGCGGAACUGAAGUCCAGCCGCUUUCAUGUUCGUCCUUGGCAUGAUGGAGGCCUUGCACGAAGUUGUAAGGUUCCGCAGUGCUGUAGAGACACAGGAAUUGCAUCCACUGCUGGCAACAUCGUCCAAUGCAAAAUCACAGACAACCACUAUGACAAUCCAGCCAGGAGACAACAGCAAGAACCUGAAGAACCAGAUCCGGACGUGAUCCCAGAUAUCGAGCAUGCUCCGCCAUUUGCACAAGAUUUGCAAGCCAUGGCAGAAAGAAACACUGCCUUCACAAAUCCUGAUGGGGAUGGCAUCCUACGCCUCCGCACGUGGUAUCUUCAUCACGAACAUUUUGUGACGAAUUUCCACUCCAGGAUCGUAGAGCUUGAUGAGGAUUGGCGGAGAUGGUCUGAUGACAUCAUUGGUUCAUGGCGCACACAUCUUCAACCUGGAGCAAGCAUUUUCUUCCAUCUUGUCGCUCCUGACCCUUACAGAGGCUACAUGCGACAAGAAGUUCAUGGAGACAUUAUUAUCACUCAGGGCAAUGAUCUUCCUCGCAGAGCUGGUCUCCUGACUGUCCACUACCAAGGCAAUCAGGCUGAUCCCCACACCUAUGCGGCUGCAAGCUCUCUUGAGAUUAUCGUCAGUGGAAGGCGACUUGUUGAAGCAUCUGAUGCCAGUCAUUGGUGCUCCAGUGCUGGACACAGAUGCAGCAUUUCCCAUGGAUGGCAGCACAUUCCAUUUGACCAUAACCCGGUGCAUCAAAUGAACAAUGGCCACUCCUUCUCCAUCAUCAUCACGAGCCCUCAACAAGCUACAGGAGAUCAUGAACCAUCCAGGGAGGAUCAACAUCGAGCUCAUCGUGCAGCAGGAGCUCAUCUUGACCUUGACUAUGAGGAUCAUGACAUGCAAUUUGAAGAGGCACCUUCACCACGACGAUCGAACUCAGGAUCUUCGAGCUCCUUGAGGCCAGAAGAUGAAUUUGGAGUGCAUAUCUAUCGCCUUGAUCAACCUGAUGCACACUGCUACCUUGAGUGGGGACCUUAUCGACGCAUCCUCUAUGACAUCACACGUUGUUUGAUGCUUAGAAGGAAUGAUGUGGUGGCGCUUCAUUUUGUACGAGCAUCACCAAUGGGUCUACACCCUGAUCAUGAACGUGCUGUCAUCGUUCAAUCCAUUCGAGAUAUGCCAGCAGCAUCGAGAGAACAAUUGAUCCUGCUCGACAUUGAGAUUCAUUUUCAUGCUCUUCCUGAUGGUCUUUUGGCUGCCCCAUCUUCUACCAGAAGAGUUCUCAAGGUCCUCUCGCCGCUGCAUCGCUCCCAAAUCCUCAUGCUGAACGGCUUGAAUGACUACUGUGAACUUCAUGGCGACAAAUGCAUCAUCUUCGAGAACAAUGUGAUCUGGAUGCAAUUGCCAUUUCGCGUGAAUUUGCGCUUGAGUCUGAACGAGGCCAUCAAGCAGUCCACUGCCACGGAGUACAGCGACCUUCUCUACAUCCAACACCUCAUGAAGGCACCUCGACCUGACACUGUGGCAGCCCUCAUUUCCAGCCACAUUGCGGAUUUCAGAGGGGCCAGCAUUGAGCAUGCGGCCUUUUCACUUUCAGCCAUGGUGUCAGCGCAGAUGAUUCUGCGGAUUACUGAACUUCAUGUGGAGUGCCGUUUCAAGUUUUGUUCGGUGCAACGUGGGGGCAUUCCUUUCAGCAUGGUGGACUUCGACUAUGUGGACUCAGGCUGCAGCAUUGUUAUACAGAUUCGUGAACAUGCCCUUCAAUUUGCGGCACCGGAAGGAGACAGUGACAUCAGUGACCUCAUGCAACAACCAGCAGGCGAUCAUUCACCAUCUCAUUGGGAGCCUGAAUGGAGUCCUUUACCUGCGGCAUUCACCUUCAAUCCUGAUGCACCUCCGUUUUGUCCGGACCAACAACCUGUAGACGUAAGGCCUGAGAAUCUACAAGCCCUCCAUGAGCACUGGUUGAGAACCGCAUUUAGUUGGGAGGACGAAGUUGCUUCCACUUCUGUGGUCACGUGGUUUGUAGAUCAGCACAAUCAGGAAUUACAUACCUGCAGACAGCCACGAGUGGUACGUCUUUUCCAAGACUUUGACACUUGGGAGCGCGCCUUGCGAGAGGCAUGGUCCGAUUUACAGCUUCCGGGAGCACCAAUUUUGAUUCAUCUUGUGGCACCAGCACCUCCCAAUGCAGACCUUGAGAUUGCGGCGCACCUUCUCUUGGUUCAAAAUCCCCAAGAUUCUCUUUCAUCCUGCUUGGUCUCGGUCUUUGAAUCCAACGGCAUUAGAACCGACAUCAUUCAGCAAAUUGCGAUCACCACUCAAGACCAAGCUCUUUUGGAACGUCUGAUCUACGGCCUCGGCCUUGAAGCUCGAUGCCUUCUUCCUGGAGCCUCCAUGACAUGCAGCGCAUGGCUUCGUCAUCGACCUCUUCAGCUUGGGCAUCCUGAACUCAUCAGAGACGGGGCUGGCAUUAUUUUGCAGCUCAAUCGACGAGAAGCACCAUUCCCUGGGGAGACUGUUGCAGUAUCGAGCUCGAGCUCGACUCAUCUUCUCCAAAUUGGUACUCGUCUUCUUACCCGCAGAGAGAGGCGCCUAACACAUGGGCUGGUGGCUCACACCCAUGGGCCUCCUCCUGCGACGCAGGCGGUCCACCUCGUGCCGGUCACUGCGGAGCUGCCGCCACUUCCCUCUUUUGUGGAGAUCCCAACGCCAGUUACUGCAACUGCGGUGACCCAGGAACUUCUGUCUUUUGGCAUCAUUACCAAUAUUUCACUCCUCUCCAAUGGCUUGGUCGCGCUGUGCGGGCAUCCUGUUGACACGCCAUCUCAGGACUUGGCCCACUUUGUAUACAACAGCAAGGAGGACCCUUGGAAGGUUCAUCUGCACUCACAGCCGGGCAUGUGCUGCUCUGAUCUGGACCACAUGAAACAUCUCUACAAGCUUGGAUUUGAGAAGGCAGUUAUCCUGGAGUGUCAGCCGUUGUCCUCAGGCUUCAUUGAAGUGCAAUUCACGGUAGCCAAUGGUGAGAUGCAGACUCAUGAACAGCCAGCCAAAAUCCUUCCACCUUGGCCACCACAGCAACCUCGUCGACUGCCCGACAAGAUGUUCAAUCCAGAGGAUCAUCGUGCUGAUAAUGAGACAUGCGUUUUGAACUGCAACAUCUCCUGUGAUGACUUGCUUGCGUUCUACACUUCAUCCAGAGGGACCUUGUGCAAGACCCUCGAUGGACUUGAUCUACCAGAAGUGUGUCUACAGCGUUUUGCCUCUUUGGCCUCCCACAAUCACUUCGACCGGUUGGUGAUCUAUGUGGAUGGUUCCUCACAGGCCCGCAACAGACACAUUGCCCCGCAGUUGAACGAAGAGAUUGGUAUACCUGAUGCAUGGUGUUUUCUCGUCCUGGGCGAGACCUACACUUCUUCCUCCACAUCGGACCUGACGUUCAUUGGUUGGUCUGCUCAUCAAGUACGCUAUGGGUUGGACCAUGAAUGGUCAUUGGGGGCAGAUAGAAUUGGAUCGGCCAUCGCCGAAAGGGAAGCCCUUUCCUGGGCGAUGUUAUGGAGGAUUGGACAGAAUUCCAACAUCCCUACGCUCUUUCGCAGCGAUUCGAUGCUUGCACUUCAACAAGCUCAAGGAGAAAUCGGCUCACUUCAAUGCGACACCUCCUUUCAGGUUCUUCGAGGAAGCGCUCAACUGCUCGAGACUGCCCUUGGCAAAGAGGCCUUUGGGCUGGAGCAUGUGCCUGGUCACGCUGGCGAUCCUUUCAAUGAGUUCUGCGAUUGGGGUGCAAAACAAGAGGGCCGAAGGGGGUUCUUUCUCCGCAGACCUGCGCUCCAGCUUUCGGUUUGGCGCCCCCUGCUGCCUUACCUUUGGAUGUUACAUGGCGCCUCAGCUGGGACACCCUGCUUUCAGGGCACAAGCUUCAAUGUGCCUCCACCUGAUCUGCCGCCUGAAACACCUCCUGCAGAGCCAACACAACGACCCUUACGGAGCAAACUGUUUAACUUCACCAUCAGCAUUGCGACUGGGAAUGUUUUGACUCUGGGACGCGGAGCACAGGGCUUCUCAGGGAAGUUGCAGUAUCUCCGUACUCAAUUUUGCGAUUUCCACCUCAACUUCUUGGGCUUGCAAGAAACACGCUCAGAGGAAGGUUCAUCCUUUCAACAUGGAGUUUUGCGUUUGGCCUCUGGCAGUGAAAACAAUCAAGGAGGAGUUGAACUCUGGUGCAACCUCAGGCAACCUAUUGCCUUGUCUGGUGGUAAGAAUAUUUGUUUGGCCCGACAGCACUUCACCGUAGCCCAUCGUGAUCAUCGGAGAUUGCUGGUUCGGGUCCAACAUGACCUCUUCGAUGUCUGGAUCCUCGUGGCUUAUGCUCCGCAUAGUGGCUACAGCCUUUCGGAAAGAACACUUUGGUGGCAGGGUACCCAGGACAUUUUGGCCGCUGUCAAAGAGGAUCACACACCACUCUUUGUCUGCACUGACGCCAACGCUGGUCUUGGAGGGCCCAAGGAGGAGAACUUCUUUGCCACCACCUUCCGGACUUCGUCCAGCACGUCGUUGCUUUGUGAUUUCAUGAAGAACUUCCAGCUUUGUGCGCCCAUUGCAAGUCCAGUACAUGAAGGUACAGUCUGCACGUGGACUUCACCUUCGCAGGAGGAAUUCACCAUUGACUACGUGCUUAUUCCUUCCUGUUGGCAAGACAGAUGCCAACGUUCCAAAGUGCUGGAAGAGUUUGACCUUGGGAACCAGGUUGUUGACCACUCUGUCUAUGCAGUAGAGCUUCAAUGGAAGGUGACUUCACAAUGGGUUGCUCAGCCUGACAGCUUUUCUGGGAGAUUUGACAGAACGAAAAUCAAAUCAACAUUGCCACGAGGCUUUCGCUCCUUUGCGGUCAGCCCUUGGCACACCAAUGUUGAGACCCACCUUCAGGAGCUCAACGACCAGUUCCACAGUCAACUUCGCCAUCUGUGCCCCAAACCAAGGCGUGGUCCUGCUCGCCCCUACAUUGAUGACACCAUCUGGCAGUUGAGAAAGGUCAAGCUGCGCCAUAGGGAGGAGCUCAAAUAUUUGCGGCAAUUGAUGCGGAGGGAGACGUUGGCACGCAUCUUUUGGGCAUGGAGACACAAGACGACCUGGGAUACCUCGCCCUCCUUCACCUUUGGUUCUUCAUUGCGUGUGGGCAUCUUGAAACAUGGCCUUGGAUUUCGACGCAAAGCCUCUGAACUCCGAGCCCAAAUUGCCUCCAGCAAAGCGAAGGUUCUGCGGCAAACUGUGGAUGACUUUGGCUCUUCUACCACAGCUGCGGAUAUUCAGCGCCAACUGCGUCCAUUUAUGGGACCUGCGAACAAGCUUCGACAGGGACUUGCACCUUUGCCUCUGAUCAAGGACGACAAUGGCGUCCCAUGUCAGUCACAAGAGGCGGCCCUGACUCGUUGGAUCAAUUUUUUCAGCGAAAUGGAAGGAGGCCAAAGAAUGGAGAUCUCUGAACAGCGAAGAAUCUGGCGCUCCAAUUUGGAGACACUUCGGAGCUUUGUUGUGGACUUGGACAUCACGGAGAUGCCUUCUUUGACCGAGCUUGAGCAUGCAUGCCGACAUGUGGCCGCUGGCAAGGCAUCAGAGAUGGAUGGUAUUCCAUCGGAGCUCUUGCGUUUUUGCCCUGCAGCCAUGGCUAAACAGCUCUACGCACUGCUUUUGAAAGUUUCCAUUCAAGGACAAGAGCCCUUGGACCACAAGGGGGGCUUCCUGAUCCCCAUCUGGAAAGGAAAGAUGAGUAAGGAUUGUUGUCAAGCGUUUCGCUCCAUACUUAUUUCCUCGAUGGUUGGCAAGACACUGCACAAAGCUUUGCGCAGCAAACAGACGGACCUCUACCAGACCUACCUUCAUGCGCAACAGCUUGGUGGGCGCAAAGGCAUCUCUGUGGUUGUUGGAGGGCAUCUGGUCAGAGCCUUUUUGCGUCUUUUUGCAUCUAGGGGGCAACCAACGGCGGUCUUGUUCAUUGACUUGCAGGAGGCUUUUUAUAGAGUUGUUCGCCCACUUGCGAUCGCUGGCUCGUGGAGCGAUGAGCACAUUGCCACUAUGGCGGCACGCCUUCGCCUUGAUCAUCAGAUCUUGCAAGACCUUCAUGCCCAUCUACAAGCGCCCAGCGCUGUUGAUGAUGCGAAGCUCAGUUGCACCGCCAAACGAGCCAUUCAAGCCUUGCAUACAGAUACGUUCUUUGCGUUGCCUGGUCAGGCUGACCGAGUGCGCACGAUCCAUGGCUCUCGGCCGGGUGAUUCAUACGCUGAUGUGGUUUUCGGGUACUUAAUGUCCCGAGUCCUGCGCAAUUUCGAAGCAGUGAUUGAGCCCCUGGACAUUUUGGCGAAGUUCCCACAGGAGCCGGCAAUUGAUCUUCAUGCCAAAGGCUUUCCAAAUGCUGAUCUUCAAGGACAAGUGAUGAUUGGACCAUGCUGGAUGGAUGACCUGGCCAUCCCGCUCACAGCAUCCAACAAUGAUAAGCUUUUAUCCAACCUCGCCAUCGCGACCAGCACGAUCCUUGACCUUUUUCGGGCCCAUGCUAUGACACCCAAUCUGAACUCUGGUAAGACUGAGAUCCUCUUCAAACCACGAGGACCGGGCACUCAGCAGUGUCGCCAGCAGUUGUUUGGGCCUCAAGCUUCUGGGGCACUGGAAGCCGUCGGGGAAUACGAGGUCUAUAAGAUCAACGUAGUCACCUCCUAUUUGCACCUGGGAGGAUUGACACACUACUCAGGUGAUCUCAGAUCUGAGAUCAGGAGACGCAUCGCCAUUGCCAACCAGAGCUUCAACAAACACAGGAAACUCAUUUAUCAAAAUGAGGGCAUCAGCCAUGACAAGCGCUCUGAGAUCUUCAACAGCUUGAUCCUCAGCCGUUUGCUAUUUGGUUCUGAGACCUGGUGUAUCAAAGACCAAAAAACGAAGGAGUACCUUCAUUGUGCGGUCAUUCGACUCUACAAGAGACUUCUUCGAUGUCCCUCUGACAUGCAUGUCUCUGACGAUGAAGUUCUACAUCGCACAGGGAUGCCAGCGCCGACCACUUUGUUGAGAAUGAAGCGUUUGAGCUACCUGGGCUCUCUGCUCACGAUUGGGCCCUCAGCUCACUGGGGACUUUUGAAUCGAGACCAAGCGUGGCUGGACCUUGUGAGAGAUGAUCUUCAAUGGCUCUGGGAUCAACUUUCCAACACCUGCAAGCUUGGCAAUCCCUUCGAUCACACCGCGCGCUGGAUAGAAGUGAUUCAACAUCAUCGAGGAUAUUGGAGAAGGCUUCUGCGGAGAGCACGCGAACAUUCCAUCCUGGUAGCUUCUCGACGCUUCCUUUGUACCCAAGCACAUCUGCAGAUUCGCUCUUUGCUGCAGGACUUUGGUUUAUGGAAGAAGCAGAAGUCCACCGCCUUCUUGCCCUCCACUGCAGACACAUUUUUUGGCUGCAUGCAAUGUGGGGUGAGUUGUCGGAGCUUUGCCGGAGAAGGGGCCCAUAUGAAUCGGAAGCACGGCCUUUUUCAUCCGGUUCGGUCACUGUUUCAAGGGUCACAAUGUGGAGCAUGUCUGAAAGAAUAUUUUUCGCAUGGGAAACUCAAAGCUCACUUGAUUCGUGCAGAUGCUUGCCGCCAACAACUUCUCGGACGCAAGCUUUGUCUUCCCCCUGCGCCGGGACAUGGCUCGGCACAAGAUGUGGCUCAGCUCGCUUCAUGGGAUGGACGUCUCCCACCAACACAGGCGGCGGGACCCCGACAGGCCCUUGUGCCGCCCAAAGACUUUGAGAUUGACCACCUGGAGUUAUUUGAGACGGCUUCUUUGAAGAUUGUUGAAUUGACGGAAGACGCUUUGCCUGAUUUUGAGGAUGAUUUGAGACAGCUGAUCCAGGCCCUUCCUAUCUCCUGGACAUCAUGUGUGCGGACUCUGCGAAGUCUUCUUGAAGCUCUUCAUCAUGCAGAGCUGGAGCACAGCUCGCAUUUCAUUGAGCUGAUUGAGCAUAGAAUUGUGCGGUUGAUGGAUCCCUCGACGUGCUGCACGAUGAUCUGUCGUGUUUUUGGCACCGAAAUUGGGCCAGACUACGGCGGCUGA